UAUCGGAUUCCUUGUUUUCUCCAUCGAUUUCUGUGCGUUAUUGCCUUAAAUUGACUGAAAAUGGCUACACGAGGACCAACACCUGACAAAGCGAGAAUGGGACUGCCUGAUAGAUGGCUGCACUGUCCAAAAACCGGAACGCUUAUCAAUAAUUUGUUUUUCCCAUUCAAAACACCACUGUGUAAAAUGUAUGACAAUCAAAUUGCCGAAAGACGGUAUCAAUUCCACCCGGCAGAAGUUUUUUCACAUCCUCAUCUUCACGGAAAAAAGAUUGGGUUGUGGAUCGACCUCACAAACACUGAUCGUUAUUAUUUCCGCGAAGAAGUUACCGAACACGAAUGUAUCUAUCAUAAAAUGAAAAUGGCUGGACGUGGAGUGUCGCCGACUCAGGAGGACACGGACAACUUCAUUAAACUCGUUCAAGAAUUUCAUAAGAAAUAUCCAGAUCGUGUUGUCGGAGUGCAUUGCACUCACGGAUUCAAUCGAACAGGAUUUUUAAUCGCUGCAUACCUAUUUCAAGUAGAGGAAUAUGGUCUCGAUGCUGCAAUCGGAGAGUUUGCUGAAAAUCGACAGAAGGGAAUUUACAAGCAAGACUACAUCGAUGAUUUAUUUGCAAGAUAUGAUCCCACAGAAGAUGACAAAAUUCUGGCUCCCGAGAAGCCAGACUGGGAACGAGAAAUGUCUAUUGGCAUGAGUACACAAAUUGACAACGGACGACCAUCGACAAGCCAACAAAUUCCCGCAACGAACGGAAAUAAUAAUCAAAAUGGAAAUCAAUUGAGCGGAGGAGGAGAUAAUUCGAAAUUGUUCAUGGACGGAUUAAUUCGAGGAGUUAAAGUGUGUGAAGAUGAAGGGAAGAAGAGCAUGCUUCAAGCCAAGAUUAAAAAUCUCUGCAAAUACAACAAACAAGGAUUUCCGGGUCUCCAACCCGUAUCUUUGAGCCGUGGAAACAUAAACUUACUCGAACAGGAAUCAUAUAUGGUAUCAUGGAAAGCUGAUGGCAUGAGGUACAUCAUUUAUAUCAACGAUGGAGAUGUCUAUGCGUUUGAUCGUGAUAACGAGGUUUUUGAGAUUGAAAAUCUUGAUUUCGUGACAAAAAAUGGUGCACCAUUGAUGGAAACCCUUGUGGAUACUGAAGUCAUCAUUGAUAAGGUUGAAAUCAAUGGAGCCAUGUGUGAUCAGCCUCGAAUGUUAAUCUAUGAUAUUAUGCGAUUCAAUAGCGUUAAUGUGAUGAAAGAGCCAUUUUAUAAACGAUUUGAAAUCAUCAAAACUGAAAUUAUCGACAUGAGAACUGCUGCAUUCAAAACUGGACGCCUGAAGCACGAGAACCAGAUUAUGUCUGUCAGAAGAAAAGAUUUUUAUGAUCUUGAAGCAACUGCUAAAUUAUUUGGACCGAAAUUUGUGCAGCAUGUCGGACACGAAAUUGAUGGUCUCAUUUUCCAGCCGAAGAAAACUAAGUAUGAAACUGGAAGAUGUGAUAAAGUUCUGAAGUGGAAACCACCAUCUCACAACUCUGUUGAUUUUCUACUGAAAGUUGAAAAGAAAUGUAAAGAAGGAAUGCUUCCCGAAUGGAUUGGAUAUUUAUUUGUCCAGAAUCUUUCCGAUCCAUUUGGCACAAUGAAAGCAACGGCAACUCUCAAAAAGUAUCAUAAUAAAAUUAUCGAAUGUACACUGCUGGUUGAUAAUCAAGGACGGCCAAAAGAGUGGAAAUUUAUGCGAGAAAGAACAGAUAAAUCGUUGCCGAAUGGAUUACGAACUGCGGAAAAUGUCGUUGAAACUAUGGUGAAUCCUGUCACUGAAACCUAUUUAAUUGAGUAUGUAAAUCACGCUCUCCGAGUUUUGAAAAGAGCUGCAGCAGCUCAUCGCCAUCAUCAAAUACACCAACAACAACUCCAUGAGGGAGAACCGGAAGCAAGAAGACAAAAACUCUGAUAAUCAUUCUCCUACAUUUGACAUCUUUUUUUUUUUUUAAUUUUUCACAUGUUGCCUUUCUUAAACUCUCCUAGAUGCUCUUUCAUUUUACCAACAACACUACGGUUUUCAAAAAUAACUCAGAAAUUAUCAUUGGCUGUCUUUGUACUUUUAAAAACAAAUUCUUUUUUCGUGUUCUAAACAAUUGUUUUUUCAUUAAAAAUUUUUUAUUCAA